AUGCCGCCCAAACACCGCGACGGCGACGUCAUCGCAGUCAUCCCCGGGCAAUGGAUCACCCACCUCCACACCAUAUCAGCCUAUUCGGCCUUCCUGGGCGCCCUCGUAGUCGGCGUCUACCUGCACUACUACCAAAUCGUGGAGAACCAAUACUACAGCUACCCAACCGAAUGGAUCCCCUCGGUCUCCUCAACAAUCGGUGAUCGCUUCCCCGAACGCACCGUCUUCCAGUACUUCAUCGCCGUCUGCUCCGGCCCCCGCUUCCUCCUCUGCUUCCUCUUCUACUGUCUGACGAACAAGAAGGGGGAAGCGGGUGCGAAGUUCGUUGCCGGCGUGGGGGUGUUGAGGACGUUGACUUGUGGUGGAUGGACGUAUGUCACUAGUACGGACAACCAUGAUUGGCAUGAUAUCUUCAUGGUUUCGUAUCUGGUGGCGUCGAUACCCUGGACGGUGGGUUGCAUACUGCUCGGUCCGGUAAAUCCGCGGACGGUGAGGCUGAGGAAGUGGCUCGGUGGCGCCUUCUUUGCUACCCUGGUGCCGAUGCUGUAUUUCUUCCUCCAGCAUAAGAUCCAUCACGUUGCGGGAGCUUAUACCAUCUAUGCCUUCUUCGAAUGGUCUCUUGUCCUUCUGGAUGUAGGUUUCGAUGCAGUCACCGCGAUCGACUUCGCGGGUCUUGAACUGGUUGUUAAGGAUAUCAAGGGCAUGCGCAGAGGAGACAACAAGCAAGUCCAGGAUGCAGUGCUAGAGAAGCAGAAAGAUAUGCCUAUUGGGCAAGUGUUUGACCACAAAUUCGACGUCAAUGAAUUGGCAGAUGCUGCAGCAGACGUGUACCUCGGAUUCGUCUUCUGGUCCGUCCUGACCUCCCUAGGCGUCAGCAUCUGGUACUUUCCCCUGUGGCAUAUGGGCCUGUCUGGCUACGAAGUAGUUGUCAUGUCAACCAUCUCGCCCUUCCUCCUCGAGAUUCCACAGCUCCGCCGCCUCGCCGGGAAAAACGUCACGACCCUCCAGCUCAGCAUGGGUCUCUUCGGUCUCGGCUGUUAUGCUCUCCCAUCGCCCCUUGGCCGUCUCGGCGCCGUCACUGUUGCUGUUUGGCAAGGUUGUUUGGCGUAUGCGGCUGUCUGGUGGCGUGACCGGGGAGAUGCGCCGAAGCUGGAGGCGAGGAUCAGUGGGUUUGUGAUUGGGUUGAUCGGGAGCAGUAUUGCUAAAUUCGCCAACGGGACGAACAAUCCUACGUGGCCGAUCAUGAAUGAGGCGAAUGGCGGGUGGAACAAGACUUUUCUGGCUCUGUUUGCUCUUGCUAUUGUGUGGUUGUAUAUGCGACAGUCGACUAUGGCAUCGAGUGGAAGUGUGCAGAAGCAUGAGGGUCCCGUAAAAGGCUCCUCGGUGCUCGCCGGACUUGGCUUUGCAGGAUUACUGUUUGCUAUGCACUCUCUGCUUUCGGACUCCAGCACAAUCAUCCUGUGGGUCUGGACUGGCUAUCCGGUCAAUGGGCCUCUAGCUGUACCGCACGGCGCCUGGACCAUUCUGACCAUGGGUCUCGGUCUGGUGUUUGGCCUCUUCUAUCCCAACCUCACACGCAGCUGGACGGCCUUUGGUGUUGGCUCGAUCGGCGCAGCUUUCUUAACACUCUUCGAAGACUGGACGGGAUACUAUGGUGGUCUGACCCUCACUUUCUAUCUCACAGCCAUUACACCAAUCCUCAUCACCAACGCCGUCAAGUUCCCACCAGGCCGAACGUUCUUCACUGGGUUCUUCGUCUACAAUUUCAUGGUCCUCUUCCACGUUUGGGUCGUGGCCUACGCCUUCGUGCCCGGUGGGCCUCUAGUACGCGAACAUACCGACUGGGUAAUGGCAACAACCAUGCUCCUCAUCGGCUGCGGCGUCUUCUCCGCUCUGCAGAACAGCGGCGGUCAACAACAAAGCACCGCCCAGAACAAGUCCUCCACAUACACCGCACCACCCCCCAACCCCGCCGCCCGCCGCCAGCGAAGCUACUACAUAGCUAUUCUCCUCUUCCUCCAACUCCUCAGCAUCAGCAUCGCCUACCUCCGCUUCCCCUCCUACAACUACCAACCCUACCACAAAGACAGCCGGGCCAUCACGGCCGGAAUCUGGACGACCCACUUCAACAUCGACAACGACAUGUGGUCGUCCGACCGCCGAAUCAAACAACUCAUUCAAGAAAGUGAACUCGACCUCAUUGGCCUGCUAGAAAGCGACACCCAACGCAUCAUAAUGGGCAUGCGAGACCCGACACAGUAUUUAGCGGAGGAGCUGGGCAUGUGGGUGGACUUUGGCCCGGGCCCCAACAAACACACCUGGGGAUGUGCGCUGCUCUCCAAGUUCCCCAUCCUAAACUCCACCCACCACCUCACCCCCAGCCCCUCGGGCGAACUCGCCCCAGCGAUCCAUGCCACUAUUCUCGCCUACGACACCCUCGUAGACGUCUUCGUCUUCCACUCGGGACAAGAAGAAGAUGUCGAGGAUCGCCGGCAACAGACAGCGUACAUGUCGCAACUCAUGGGCUCCCAUGAUCGUCCAGCAAUAUUAUUAAGUUAUCUUAUUACGAAACCAGGGGAGGGAAAUUACAAUACGUGGGUUAGUGAGACGAGCGGUAUGAAGGAUAUUGAUGCUAGUGAUUGGGAUCGGUGGUGUGAGUACAUUCUUUAUAGAGGGUUGAGGCGGACGGGGUAUGCAAGGGUGUCUAGGGGCACGAUUACGGAUACGGAAUUGCAGGUCGGCAAAUUCGUCGUCGGCGAAGCGGACGGGAGUGGAGAGCUGAUCCCUGAAGACCAAGUUCCGCACGGGUUGAGGUUUCCCAGUUUGUUUCGCGGGGAGGGUGUAAGGGGCCAUCGGUAUCAUGUUUUCGACGAGCCAAGGUAUUAUGCUUGA